AACUCUUCUUACAUAUUUGUUGACACUGCUUGUAACAUACCUAAACAUUGUCACAACGACUGAACGAGGGACCAAAAAUGCCGACUUGUUUGAGAGCUAAAUGUGUGGUUGUGGGUGAUUCUGCAGUUGGGAAAAGCUCACUCUGUCAGGCAUUUCAUAGUGAUGGCUCGCAUUUUCCAAAGAACUACAACAUGACUACAGGAGUGGAGCUUCUCGUGAAGCAUGUCAACAUUCCAGAUUCAAAAGACAGUGUGGAGAUAUACAUGUAUGAUUCUGCUGGUAAAGAAAUUUUCUCAGAAAUGGUGCAAAAAUUUUGGGAACAUCCUUCAGUAAUCAUGGUGGUCUAUGAUGUGACCAGUGAAACUUCCUUCUCUAGUUGUGCCAAGUGGCUAGAACGGGUGAAAUCUCAAAAACUAGAUGUACAUAUACCAGGGGUCCUGGUAGCUAAUAAAAUAGAUCUGGAUGAGAGAAGGGUGAUCAGUCCCAAGGCAGGCAUGGAAUUUGCUGAGAGCAAUGGGCUCAAGUACUUUGAAUGUUCAUCUAAAGAAACACAGAAUGUGGAUGCAGCUUUCUACUACCUUGCAAAUGAGUUUCACAAGUUGUAUCAAGACAGACUAGAGACUUUUAAAACUUUGUCAUAAUGAACCAAUAUUUUCUGUAUUCUGCACAUUCCGUCCUUUAAUUGC